AUGCUGUCAGACCGCCUGCAGUUCAACGUGCUUCAGACUCAGAACUUGUCAAACAUUUGGCGAAAGAAUGCCUGGAACACCUUGAUGGAGAAGUAUGCCUUGUUGCAACUUCCGGAGAUCGUCGACUGCAUCGAGGUCUUCAAGGAGCCCAUCGAUUUCCAAGUCCUGGACCACGUGCCCGUGCCGCGCGGUCUGCUGCAGAUCGUGCAGGGACGUGCCGAGGAAUAUACCAAGUACAUCCUCACAGCCGAAGAUCGCGAAGCUGUGGAAUGGGCACCAUGGUCGAAAGCACUGGGCGGUGGUGCUGAUGUGGGUCACUAG